ACGGAAAAGAGGCCAUCAUCUCGAUCGCUGGCUACAGACGGAACUACAGGCUACAGCAAUUCAGAAAGAGUAAAACCUCACGAACUCUUCUAAAGUACGCACGCGUCCGCCACGAGCUAACCUACGCAUCCUCCGUCUCAUGGCAUCUGCUUCUGAAAUCCUCCACCGAUGAAACCUUCCUCCCAAUGUCCGGCGGAGCUCCCGACGAAUCCCAGCCAUCAAAAAGCACAGAAGACGACAGCCGUCCGAUUGAUUACAAGCCACCGGAAGAUUCAGAACCGUCGGAUUCUCGGAACGCUGCCGGUUCCUAUGUCCUUCGCCUCGAGAGCUCCGACGCGUUGGCGAGAGCGAUCUCGUCGACUCUCGGUGCUGUGAUCUGGGAUUUCGAUCGGACGGCUGAGAGUGCAGCUAGGAGCCAGGACGAGCUGUCGGCCGCGCUCGAUCGGCUCACCAGAGAGCUGGAUCAACUAUUAGACGACGCACCUUCGCCAUUUAUCAUGCAGCAUGCAGCCAAGAUCUCUGGAGUUCGCAAGAGAGUUUCAUCGUUGAACUCACUAUUAAAAUCAAUACAACGACGUAUUGAUAACAUAGAUCGGAUGCUUUCUAUAGGCCUGUCACUCGAGAAAUCAACAGUAGAGAAUGCAGGACAAAGUCAGCAUUGACCCAUGGUAGUCCAGGUAUGGAAACGAAGAUGCUCGGACAGCACGUUUUGUCUCCCUUCAGACUGUAGUUAUUACUUGGUGUAGUCGUUACAACUAUUGAAAGGAAAGCUCUCUCCUAUAGAAAGGAAUGACAUAUUGUCAAUCUGGUCGUACACACAUGGCUGACGUGGCUCAAGUGGAAGCAUUUGGGUUUUCCAAUCUGCUAUCAAAGGGACGCUUGUCUGAUGUUGUUGUCACUGGACCAACUUGAAUCGAACAGGUUUAACAAAAGCUUUUGGAUGAACAAGAAA